CGUCCGGCAGGAAACAUCGAUAGAACGUUACUCAUCCCUCUACUGAUUACUGAAGAACCGAAUGGACUUUCUCUCGCAAAACCUCCCUGCUAUCAGUUACGAAAGGUGCAGUUAGCCAUUUGGUUAGGUGAGUGUUAACAUUGAGAAGGGUAUCAACAAUCUGACCGUCAUUCUCCUUUACAAGAAAGGAACACCAUCACCAUGUUGACCACUGCAAAGCGCCUCGCCGACUUCGGAUACCGGGGAUUUUCUGCCUCGAUGAUGCUAUUGACACUCUACGGAGGAUACCUGUGCACCAUGCGGGGAUACCGCUACAUGAACAAGCAGAAAGAGCUGCAGGUAGCGGCAGAAACCCAGAACGUGGAGGCCCUCAAACCAUAGAGGCCUGGAUAGUUUGUCCUCACACUCAUGGGCAUUUCUAUUCCUCCCAAUAGACUUCAAAUUAUAAUAUUUGGGUAUUGAUCAUGUGAUCAACCGUUUUGUGUAGCUAAAGAAUGAGAAUGUCAUCUGUCUUCAGUCUCUUUCUCCCCAUGGUCCUGACUUGGCCCUUUAGCAUACAGAAGAUGCCACUACAGAGAGGACUGCAGCAGAGAUCGUUCUAAACUACUGGAUUACUUGUUAAGUUAUUAAAUGCCUAAAUUGUCAUAUUAAAUCAAGUUAAAUGUAAAA